GAAAUCAAACAUAAACAUAAGGAUUUAUUUAUUUAUACGAGGCCUAUAAACCAUGUUUAACAAACUUAAGCCCGGCGAAAGUGAAGAAGAUGUCUUGCGCAUGGCACAAGACUUCGCUACAGAGCGUCGGAAUAAUCAAAAUUUCCAACCUGCGGCUACAGUUGUUCGUGUAAAUAAUUCGGCACAGAAGUCUAUAUUUGCACAAAAACGGGAACAAGCAAAAACUUCAACUAAUGAUGACUGUUUACAAAAUGUUAAUGAGAACUUAGCGAAAAUAUCUAUACAUAAAAGGGCACCGACUGAGCCCUAUCGAGAUGAAAUGACUGUAAUAAACCAGAAAGUUCUUUUGGAUGAAAUACAUGAAAAUAUUUUAGGAAAUAUAGGCAAAACUAAGGAACAGCCUACCGUCUUUAACAGCAUUUUGGGAGAACUCGUAGAGAGAGUCGAUGGAAAUAAAUGCAAUGCUCAAAGGGAUCAUCACCAAGAAAACAAACCCCAAAAGCCUAAAAGCAUUUUUGCCCAGAAGAUCAUGGAAAACAUUACACAAAAAAGUUCCGACCCUUUAAAUUUGAUCAAAGAUAAUGUAGAUGAUUUACACUAUGAGUUGAAUAAUAGCUGUAGUACUAUUAUUCAAGACAAGUCUCUGUCUCGUGAGAUUCAUGCUGAAAACAUGAAAUUAUUAGAUCAAAUGCGUAUGGAGGAUAUCUUGUCUGAGCAAAAGACAUUACUUAAUUCAUUAGAUCCUUCUUUGAUACAGCUUCUGACCAGUAAACGUAAAAUCCAAAAUAAUGGAUCAGCCGAAAUAAGCUUAAGCCAAAAUACUUCGCAUUCAUCACCGCUGAUCACGGCUCUUAACGAUUCUUCUCCGGCAGCACUUGAACUACUGCAGCAAAGUAAUGAAGGGAAUUGGCUGAAUUUUAAUCUAAUGGAGGAGCACAAAUUAGCAUGGAUGCGGGAUAUUCCACUAAAUGUAGGACAGUUAGAGCCUGGACAGCAGUUUAAUGCUCGCUUUGAUUGGAAAGGUGUACUGUUGCCUUACACACUUCAGAACUCAAAACAAGAUGUUGAUGAACGUGAGUUGUACUUGCAUGGCGAGGAGCCAGAAAGACCAGGCUACAGUCUACAAGAACUGUUUCGUUUGGCGCGGUCGACAGUGCUACAGCAACGUAUAUCAGCAUUUGGAGCCAUCGCAGGAAUUAUGAGUAUUUAUAAUCAGGGCUUCUACGAUCAGGUGCUAACAUUGCCAAUCUCAAAAAUAUUCUUUCUGUUGCGUUAUGGACUGGAUGAGAACACACCAGCUCAACUUGAGGUAGUAAGCCGAGCUUUGAGCCUCCUAUUCUAUAAUGAAGCUGAUGAAGUGCUACUUGACCAUGUCUACGAAAACGCUUAUUGCCAUUGGCAGCCUAUGCUGGAGGUGCUCGAUGAAAGCAACAAAGAGAAAAACGGCUCUUCACAAAUUAGCUUCAUGAAGCGUUACAUGACCUUGCUACGCGGUAAUUCAACCACUGCUGUGAAUGCUGAUGUGUCUGAGCGUCAAGAGGAUAGCCGCAUUUCUGACGAUUUCCAUCUUGCCGAAACAGAUUUAAUAGAAUGCUUGUUGCGCACAAAUAUUUGUCAACGAAUUAGCUUUAUUGUGGGAUCCUUACGCCCAGAAAACAGUACAAUGGAAUCAUGCUUUAAACUGCUCAUACGAAUCGCACGCACAAAUCUUUCUGCGGCCAGGCAACUCGUAAAUGAAACGCAUCUUAUGGACUUGAUUUUUUCAUUUUAUUUUAAUAAAAAUCCUAUAUCUGCUUCUGUAGGUGGAACUCAGUCCUCAUUCUACGGACAGCCCCAUCAUCUUUGCUUGAAAUUAAUUCGAGUUCUAAUAUGUCAGCAUUUGGAUAUAGCGAAACAACUGUCGAACGAUGGUUUUAUUGAGAGAUUAAAAGGAUAUUUAUUUUGUCGCGAUGACAUUAAGGGCGCAAUGAUUCGUGUUCAGAUCGAGGCUCUGCGCAUUCUACGGUGCCUUCUGUUGCUUGGAAUUGUGGAUCGUGGAUUAUUUAAACAAUUCCUGCCUGCUCUACGUCAAAUGCUUGACUGGCACUAUAAUCAUUGCGUUUUUGAAGUGGGCGGUCCAGCGCUAAUACGCCAACACGCAGCUGCCCUGAUAGCUACAUUAGUGGCUGCUGGGGAAAGUGGCACUUGCGAUUUGGAAGCGCAGAAAACAUUGCUGGAAAUUUUGCACAAUUGCUGCUGUAGCUGGAUUCACAAGGCAACUCGCUUAGAUACCCUUAAGGAUUACACACAGUUGACACUUUUGAGCGCAAUUUUCUACGCAGUCAACUGGUUUGCGCGCAACUGUUACCUCGGGACAACGGCCUUUCGUAAGUUUCUGGGAAAUAUAUUGCCCGACUUUGUGCGUUCCCCAUGUCUAAUCGCAUGUGUGCAGAAGAUGUCACAGACCUCUAUAAUUUUACGGAGCUGUGGUGAUCGACGCAAUGUACACUCCCCGCUACCGAAUGUGGGUGCUGUCUUAAAUCAUGAUCAUGGUCCUCAGCUUAUUGUCAGCAACACCUAUACCGUGCAAAUGCUCAGCAAUCUAUGGUCGUUGGCUGAGGCACCGACUAAUGAUGACCAAAAGUCUUUAUUUGAGGCACUUACACAACCCGAGCUGCUAGAACCGUUGGCGGCGUAUCUAGAACAAUUAAGCACGGACUUGAACCCUUUCCUGGCCAGUAACUUUUUUGCUCGCAGCGAGUUAAGGCUUAUCCAUCAGCUUCUUACCACAGACGGCUUGGGAACCUACUUACCGCGAACUCACUUGCUGCAGUUAGUCUUUAACUAUCUGUGCUGUUUGCCCAUCGGACAGGCCAGACAGAUGAAGAGCAUAUUUGAGCGCUACAUAUUUAAUGAUCAAUUUAUAAAGUUAGAUACAAAAUCACUGGAGCUGUUGAAGGAGACUUGUAUGGAUGUUGUUUACGCUCAAUUUAUUGCGGAUAACAAGGAUCCUACUCUGACUAUUUGCUAUACUCAGACGCCAGCUCUUCCGGCAGACUGGCCAUAUAUGCAAUUACGUUUUAUACUCAACAAUUAUUUGCAAAAUGUACACCUCGAACAGGCAGUUAAUCCUAUUUCCGAGAAUCAGGUGGUGCGCAUGACCUUUACGUUCGUGCAGCAGCUAGAGCUGCAGGGUCUGCAGAUUGUCACUCCACUUGAGAAGUUAAUGUACCUAAUGAUUUCCUUUAUGGGUCCUGACAGUCAGUUCUUGGAGCCGGAUCUACAUGAUUUGUUACGCUCACAGAUACUAGACUUUAAUUCACUAAAUGCAACUUACACAUUUGAUUUUAAUGCAACAGUUGGAGAUAAGGGAAACUUCGAGCCAUUGUAUUAUUUGUUUGUGAACCACUUUGAGGCCGCCAGCUAUGGCGAUGAGUUGUUUAGUGCGCUUUUGCUGUUUCCACUGGCUCAGAAGUAUGAUAACAAAUGGCGUCGACGCAUAUGGUCCGAACACGUGCAAGCUUUGCGAUUUUUGAAUUGUAAUGAAAGUCUGUUGAUUGGUGGCCUGGCUGCUUAUCUGGAACCCACGGAAGUGGAGCCGUCUCUUGUUAAGCUAUACGGCGACGCACUCGAGCGGAAACUGGUUCGCCCAGGCAGCAUUGCCUAUAAAAUCGCUCAACACCAUUUUAACAAUUCCUCUGCAGUAAAGAAAUCAAAAUACUUUUAA